UCUCGUGCAUCUUCAAUCUGCAUUUGCCGCCGCUCCAAGUCGAAGAUGGGAUCCCAGAAGAAGAAAGCUAUCAAGUUCAUCAAGAAGGGAAACCUAAAGCACAAGAUUGCCAAGCGCAAUGAGAAGAAGCGCUUCAACUCCAAGAAGGACAAGAAGUCUACCGACAAGCCGGUGAAGAAACUUGCGGCGCCGGUCGCGUCCCGGGGAGGCGACGACGAAGGCGACAUAUUGGACGACAUGGACGUCGACGAGUUUUUGAAUGCUGACUUUCUCGACGAAGCGGAUAGUGGUGAUGAAGGUGACGAUGGUGCCAACGACGACGAAGGUGCCGACAGCGACGACGACGACGAUGAUAAUGACGGCGGGUCGUCGUCGGAAGAAGACGACGAGAGUGCCCUCGACCCCCGAUACAUGUCUGCGAUGCCCGCGGACAUCGAGUCCGACGACGAAGAGGAUGGAAGUGGCGGUGCGCCUCAAGAAGGCGGCGCGUCUCGCCGCGAACUCACCAUGGAGAAGCUGACGUCGAUCGAGACAGCGUGUUCCGCGUCCAAGUCGGUGGCGUCAUUGCGUCCACUCCUUCAAAUCUUCUCGGACGCGUGUCGAAGUGCCGACGCCGGGCCCAAAGCAGGCGCGAAGAAGACUCCGUACGACAUCCGGUCCAGCGCCGUGUACAAUCGGCUGAUGGUCGCCGUGUUCACACAUACCCAGGCAGCGCUCCGGGCGUACUUUAACCUGCCCGAGGACGCAAUUCGCACCAAGGGGGAGAACGCUCCAUCCUCCAACACACCCGUCGCGCUCGAUGCCAAGAAGUGGACCAAGAUCAGCAUGACCAUCCGCCGGUUCUUUCACUGCUGCGUGUACCUGAUCCAAGAAACCACGUCCGACGACAUCCACCGCUUCGUUCUGCGCAGCUUGACCGCGUUCGUCCAGUAUGCCGCGCCCUGUUUGAAAACGAGCCGCAAAUUACUCAAGUGCUUUGUGACAGUGUGGGGCAAAUCCCUCGACACGACUGUGUGCAUGCUAGCAUUUGUUCGGAUCCGCGAACUUGCGACCAUCGUGCCAUUCCCGUUUAUCGAAACCUGCUUGAAAGCGCUGUACUUGGCGUACAUGCGCAACGUCAAGUUUACGAAUGGCGUCAACUUCCAGCACCAUAUUGUCAUGGGCAACUGCCUCGUCGAGCUGUACGGACUCGACCUCGUGUCGUCCUACCAGCAUGUGUUCAUCUACAUCCGCCAACUCGCCAUGACGAUCCGCAAGGCGAUUGCCGCGCCAUCUGCCGACGCGCUCAAGGGCAUCCUCACCUGGCGAUUCGUCAACUGCCUCAAGGUAUGGGCCGCCGUCGUGUCGGCGUACCCCGCGCUCAAAGCGUUGGUGUACCCGCUCACGCAACUCACGCUCGCCACGAUCCGCCUCGCGAGCAUUGCGCGAUACGUGCCGUUGAAGUUUCAAUGCGUCAAGGUGUUGCAGCAAAUUGCGUUGGCGACGCAAACGUUCAUUCCGACCACGCCCAUCCUGUUGGACGUGUUGCAGUCCCCCAUCGUGACCCAAAAGAAGAAGAAUGCGGUCAAGGAGACGGAUAUUGUCGAGCUGGAUUUGCUCGUCAAGCUGAGCAAGUCGGCGCUCGAGUCGCGCCGCGUGCAGGAGAUGGUCGUGUCCAAGGUGUUCGACUUGCUGCAGAAGGAGUGCGACGUGCAAAAGUACUCGAUCGCGUUUCCCGAGUUUGGCGUGCCUCUUCAUUUGACAUUGAGCAAGUUCGCAACCACGACCCCCGUGCCGCAGUGGAAGCGUCUGGCCAAGGGCCUGUGCCAGCAGAUCGAGACGCGCAGCGAAUGGAUCCGCAACAAGCGCAUGACGUCCGACAUCGCGCCCAAGGACAUGGCGCAGAUCGAAGCGUUCUUGGCCGCUGAACGAAAGGCCGCUGUGGUGCAAAUGCUCGAAAAGGAGAAGAAGCAGCUCGCGGAAAAGGCCGCGCAGUAUGCCCAGUCGGCGCCGUCCUCCAAUGAUGGAGAUGCCCAGGAAGGCGACGACCAAGGUGAUGACGACGACGAGGAUGAUGAUAGCGAGAUUGAUGAAGAGGAGCGGGAGGUGCCGGCGGGAAGUGUGAACGACCCAGAUCACGUCGAAGACAUGGUGUGGUCGGACGACGAAUAAGCAAGGGGCAGGAUUAAAAUGAAUUAUCGCAAUUGAGUAAAUGUACCAUUUGAAGCCUC